AUGUCAACCCUUUUGAAAGGUUUUAGAGACGAAUAUGCCCUGCCAUCUGCCGGCCCAUUCCUGUUUGCGAGGAGUAUAAUCUGUGGCACAUUCAAUCUCUGCUUCAAGAGCAAGCCAGGAUCGACGGAGAGGAUGAAGGACAAGGAGGCUGGACCAUCUGAUAAGCUCUUCCAUCUGCUGAAGAGUGACGAGCAUUAUAAUGCAGCACUAAAUCUAAUGAUGCACUGCACACAGAUCAAAGGCGAUAAACGAGGAGAUAGAGGGCAUGCUGAAGAAUGUUCUGUCAGACAUCGACAUCGUGUCCUUCCUGAACGAUGCCAGAUCAUAUGCCAGCACAUUGCCGACCUUGCUUCAAAAAUUUUACAAUGUUUAGCAUUCUCUGAGACAUGCGAGUUGCACAAGUUGUUCGGUUUUAUUCAGAUUGUCGGAGUCGGUCGGAGUCGAAGUAUUUUAAGGGGCCGGAUUCGAAUUCUUGUAUCCGACUCUGUAAAUGUGUACAUGAUCCUCAAAAACUUCCACCCCACGUUAGCUUGGGGAGAGCAUCACAGAGCUGAAAUAUGCAACAACACACUUCCAUUCUUCUACAACCAAGUUGUAGAAUUGUCAAAAGAAAUCUAUCAGAACAUAGAUUAUGAAGAUGUGAAGAUUGAGCUCAAGAAAUGCCCGAAUGUGUUCAAUGAUGAUUUAGCUUCUAAGAUCAUGAACAUGGUUAUCACUAACAAUCAGUGUUUGCAAACGGGGCGUCGGUGGGCCGUUCGCUUCCACGAAUUUUUUUCAGCGAUGAAGGAGACGAAACGAGCUCUGUUGGAAUAUUUUGACCCAACAUCCAAGCUGAAGUGA